UUUUUCAAAAUAUUGUUUUUAAAAUAGGACAACCAACAUGUCAGCGACAUUCGCUAUUAAGCAUAUGUCCAGCGGGAGAUUCUUCCAUCCAAAAUGCGGAUCGAGUAACCCACGCAACGAUACAGAAAUUGUUUUGCAUAGCGACGUCCAUACGAACAUGCACUGGAAAUUUGUGCUGGUAAAGGACCAUUGGGGAUACAUUGAGCACGUGGCAAGUGGCAAGAUCAUUCAUCCGAGAGACGGCAGAUUGACUCCUGGGAACGACACAGGACUCGUAGUACACAAUGACCGCCAUUGGGGAGCGCUGUUUGCCUUAGACGCUGUCAACCAUCACGUGAUCCACAAGGGAGGAAAGUUUGCACAUCCAUAUGGCGGCAGACCUGGCGCGUGCAAUGGUACAGAAGUGGUCCUCCACAGCGAUGUCCAUGCAGCAAUGGAGUUUUGUUUUGUCUCGCCUUGGAAUGUGUUUCAAGAAGUCCUUGUGUACGGUGCACCAAAACUGGCUGGAAAGUGGAAAAUCGUCCACAAGGUCCUAAACCCUACAGCGGGGCAUCAGUUUACACUACAGGUCAAGGUCGGUAAAUCGACAAUUGAGAGCAAAACAAAGGGCUUUAAGUACAGUUGGGAGACAUCUGAUGGUGUCCAACUCGGCAUUUUAAACUUGUCUGCCUCGAUGUCCAUGAAACUUAUGAUGGAACAAACUUCAUCUCAGACAUGGUCGGACGAAACAACCACGACGUACCAAAUCACUGUAAAUCCUGGUAAGACAGAUGUCACUUGGCAGUGGGUGUUCGACGUGAAGCAGAACGAAACCAAGUCUGUUUUCCAGAGCAACCUUCUGGCAAAUACUGACAGUGAGACCGAGGUACCCAAGGAUCAUCAGUACAAGGUCUAAACAGGGAGGGACAUACCACAGACCGAGGUACCCAGGGCCCGCAGUCCAAGGUCGUAACCGGGAGGAACGGACCACCGCUGUAAAACGGCUAUGAUGUCAAGUUACCUGUAUUUGCUUCGGACUUGUGUUAAC